UCUGCGCCCCCGAUCAUCGCCGAAGAAGAAGAAGAAGUACUUCCGCAGGUCAGAGGUGAACGAUCGUGUUUGAAAACAUGGAUGAAGACAAGCAGGAUGGUGAUGGCGACAUUGGAUCCAUCAUGGGAUUCUCUGGGUUUGGCAAGAAGGCACGCACAUUUGAUCUUGAAGCCAUUUUUGAGCAGACCCGGAGAACAGCUAUUGAGAGGAGUCAGCGUAUCCUGGAGGAGCGACAGAUGGGGUCUCAGAUGGAGGAGGAAGGUGAGAGCUCCAAGUCAGUUAAACCAUCAGCUCCCAGUCAGAAAGACAAAGCUGCAGUGAGGAACCGGCAAAGUGACAGCAGCAGUGAUUCAGACUCGGAUCUCGUUGGGCCCCCGGUGCCUUCUCAGCAUGCAGCACAGGAGGACAAAGACGAGCUUAUAGGACCGCCCCUUCCACCAGGCUACAGGGACAGCACAGCAAACAGCGAUGACGAUGAUGAUGACAGCGACGAUGAUGAUGAGGACGAUGACAACCCAGUGAAGAAGAUUCCAGACACUCACGAGAUUAUUCUGCAGCAUGGCACUAGAACGGUAUCAGCGCUCGGCUUAGACCCCUCUGGAGCCCGCCUGGUGACGGGCGGAUACGAUUACGACGUGCGCUUCUGGGAUUUUGCCGGGAUGGACCAGGCUCUGCAGGCCUUCCGAACCCUGCAGCCCUGUGAGUGCCACCAGAUCAAGUCGUUGCAGUACAGCAUCACAGGUGACGUCCUGCUGGUCGUCUCUGGCAAUGCACAGGCCAAAGUGUUGGACCGCGAUGGCUUCAACGUCAUGGAGUGCGUGAAAGGAGACCAGUACAUUGUGGAUAUGGCCAACACCAAGGGCCACACGGCUAUGCUGAACGGUGGCUGCUGGCAUCCCAAGAUUAAAGAGGAGUUUAUGACCUGCUCGUUCGAUGGCACUGUGCGCACUUGGGACGUGAACAACGAGAAGAAGCACAAGUCUGUGUUCAAACCUCGUUCUCAACAGGGGAAGAAGGUCGUCCCCAUGUGCUGCGCCUACAGCCGCGACGGGAAGCUCAUCGCAGCGGGUUGCCAGGACGGCACCAUCCAGAUCUGGGACAGAAAUAUGAGCGUUCACACAAAGUUCCACUGUCGGCAAGCCCACACCCCAGGAUCGGACACCUCCUGCCUCUGCUUUUCGUACGACGGCGUCACUCUUGCUUCCCGCGGAGGCGAUGACACACUGAAGGUCUGGGAUAUACGCAACUUCAGGAAGCCCGUAAAUGAAGCCAACAGACUGACCAACUCCUUCUCCAUGACCGACUGCUGCUUUAGCCCAGACGACAGGCUUGUUGUGACAGGGACCUCCGUGAAGAAGGAGGAGGGAAACGGGAAGCUGGUUUUCUUCGACAGAGCUUCUUUCCAGAAGGUCUAUGAGGUUGAAGUCACCAACGCGAGUGUUGUUCGCUGCCUGUGGCAUCCCAAACUGAACCAGAUCAUGGUGGGUACCGGGAACGGACUGGCCAAGGUGUACUACGAUCCGGUUAAAAGUCACAGGGGGGCCAAGCUGUGCGUGGUGAAGAGCCAGCGGAAAGAGAAGCACGCAGAGACGCUAACGCAGGACUACAUCAUCACACCUCACGCGCUGCCCAUGUUCAGAGAGGCCCGGCAGCGGAGUACCCGAAAACAGCUGGAGAAAGACAGGCUGGACCCGAAGAAAUCCCACAAACCCGAGCCGCCCGUAUCUGGACCAGGUCGGGGAGGCAGAGUAGCAGCUCACGGGGGCACGCUGUCCUCGUUCAUCGUGAAGAACAUCGCUUUAGAUAAAACGGACGACAGUAACGCCCGAGAGGCCAUCCUGCGUCACGCCAAGGAGGCAUCGGAGAACCCCUACUGGAUCGCCCCGGCAUACAAACAGACCCAACCAGAGCCUGUGUUCGCAGAAGAUUCAGAGGAGGAUGAGGAGGCUGAGAAAGAACCUGAGUGGAAGAAACGCAAAAUCUGAGAGACUGAUAUGAUGUUUGUUUUAUUUUAAUAAGAGAUUAAAGUGUUUGAUCAGGCCAGAACAUAGGAACUGUCCAAAAUGCUCCAGACCAUCAAUUAAAUUCUCAAAACAAAACAUUUCUGCCCUCUGCUCUGUAUCCUUAAGAAGCUGAAACCCUCCCUUUUUUCCCCCUGCUUUAGUUAAAAAAAGGAAACUCAUAAAUCUAAUCUCACCAUGGUGCAGUUUUAAGUUGCUCUCACUGCUAUACAUGAACCACUUCAGUUUUUUUUUCAUGUCUGUUUUGAUUGGACUGUAUUUUCACAAUUUCCAUUGUCCUCACACCCCAGGUCUCCAGAGUUUACUAAUGCCUCGUAAAUCAGCUCCAGAUUUUUGUGGUCCCGUGCCGUUCAUCACCACGAGGAAGAGUUUGUGAAAAUUAAACAGCCGAGACAUAAUAACGUUUCAGCUGGUUUUAUGUGGGAAUAUUUUUUUUCUUUUUUAGGGCUUGGCAUUUUUAAAGCUGUGCUUUCGGAGUCGUUAGGAGCAAAACCUCCUUUAAGCGUUGGCUGUUAUCUGUACACCAUGUAAACCAACUCAAAAAUUGAAAUAAAGGAAUUUCUAUCCUCUUGUCAAA